GAUGGUAUUCUUCAUCGCAUUGGCAAUCACGUUGGCGGUGUUGUCAACUUCUUCGUCGGCUUUUUCCUUCUCGUCUCUAUUCGACGAGUCUUCAACCAGGGAAGGAACCGUAGUCGAUUCAUCAAGCAGUGGGAGUGCGGAUCUAUCGGACGGGUCGGACAUUAAACCCCGGCAACCCCUACUAGGCGCUGAAGACUGGUUCCUCACAGAAGACGAGAUCACAGAUUCGCGAGGUGGAAUUCCUCGAGACGGGAUGGCGGUUUACACAACAGGCAACAAGAUAACGUCAUACACAGUAUCCGACGAAUUCUUCAAUGCAGUUUACGACGACCUCAGCACGACCAAAGAAGGUGAUCGAGUGAUGCUCGCUGCGUGGAUGGCAGCUCUCAUUCCGUUCAAACCCGACGUCGAUUCUACGGGUAAAAAGACUGGCUUCAAGGAAGUGUUCACUGGUGUCGUGGAGAGAGGCGGCAGUGUCAACAUCCUAGCAUGGGCCAACAUUGGCGUUGGAUACACUUCCUACAUCCUUAAAGCUCGUGAUGCUAUCAACAGCAUCGCACCGUCGCCAAUAAACGGAGCAAAGGCUGCUUUCAUCUUCGACGAUCGUCUCCCUAAAGCUCUGUCCUCGCACCACCAGAAGAAUAUGGUGAUUGCUGCCAACCGCUCCUCGAAUCCCCACGAACAGCCUGUGGCCUACGUCGGUGGGAUCGAUCUCGCUAACGACCGAUGGGAUACUAUUUACCACAACGUGACUGCGAUCAGAGAUGCGGGACACAUUACAUUUCGAGAAAAAGGCUGGAUGGACGGUCAUAUUCGCAUCCAUGGGCCUGCAGCCAAGGACGUGGCGAACAACUUUUUAGAUCGAUGGAACUCCGAUUACCUGCCGUGUCAGAGUCUUGAAGACGACCUCCUGGACUUUAAGAACCCCAAGUACGAACACUUACCCCGGCUGGACUAUGUCAGCAGCAAUACUACGGCAAAAAUCGGAAAGCAAAGCGUGCAGGUUGUCCGAACGUUUAGUUGCUUGUACGACCACUACAAGGAGUUCGCUCCUCGAGGUGAAACCUCGCUGUUUCAGGCGCAUAUCAAAGCUAUCAAGAAUACCAAAAACUUCAUUUACAUUGAAGAUCAGUAUUUCGUACUGGUUCCGGAACUUCUUGACGCGAUUAUGGAAGUGAUGCCCAAGAUCCAGCGUCUUAUCGUCAUUGCGAACGAAGAAACCGGGCCGUUCACGAAUGCAGGAUACAUUAAAUACCUGUACCAAAUGGUCCAGCCCAUUCGAGCAAAAUGCCCGAACAAACUCAAACUUUACACGACGAGGCCGGACCGGAAGAUCUACAUCCACAGUAAAAUCAUGAUCAUCGACGACGUGUUCUUAACUAUCGGAUCGGCCAACUGGAAUCGUCGGAGUAUGACGUCGGAUUCGGAACUCAACGCAGAUGUGGUGGACACUGAGACUGUAAAGUCUCCUGAUGGUGUUACGGUAGGGAAAAUCCCUCGGGACUUUCGGAUUCGCAAGUUCGUCGAGAUGACAGGUCUCACCUAUGAAGAACUAGACGCAAUGACCUUCAUCGAAGCCGCAGACAAACUACCAUAUGCGGUUGAUGAGGAAUCGUGGUUUAUGGACAAUUUAGAGAUCGAGUUUCACUCGUACUUCUUCGCCAUUACGGACGCCAUCCGGAAAGUUUCUGAUCCGCAGGAUACGUGUACGUACAGCGGUAGCAGCAGCACCAAGGAGACAGAAUAAACUACUUCGCACUAACGGGGACGACCACGUUUGUUUCGUUAAAAGUAUCGAAUAGCCCCACCUUUCUUGAGCCAUUUACGUAAAGCGUUAUGACGUACAAGCAAGACGCCUGGGUUGGUCGGGUGAGAAGACGGCCAAAGCGGUGGCCUGCACGACUUGGUCAACAAGUCCACGAUCUCUUGCUUCA